AUGGCUGCAUGUGGCCGAGGGCUCCGCAGGGCCGUGGCUGCCUCUCCCCAGCCCGCUUUGAGACGAGCUCACUCCGACGCCAGGGGACGUCUGAAGCCGGAGUACGAUGCAGUGGUAAUAGGAGCAGGACACAACGGGCUGGUGGCUGCGGCAUACCUGCAGAGACUGGGGGUGAACACGGCAGUCUUCGAGAGACGCCACGUGAUCGGGGGUGCAGCUGUCACAGAGGAAAUGAUCCCAGGGUUUAAGUUCUCCCGAGCAUCCUACCUCCUCAGCCUGCUCCGACCGCAGAUUUACACCGACCUGGAGCUGAAGAAACACGGGCUGAGGCUUCAUCUUCGAAACCCCCACUCAUUCACACCUAUGCUGGAAGAGGGCACAGCGGGCAAGGUGCCCAGGUCCCUUCUGCUGGGCACAGACAUGGCAGAAAACCAGAAGCAGAUCGCCCAGUUCUCACGGAAGGAUGCCCAGGCCUUUCCCAAAUAUGAGGCCUUCAUGAAUCGCUUGGCGUUAGCCAUUGACCCUCUGCUGGAUGCAGCCCCGGUGGACAUGGAGGCCUUCCAGCGGGGCUCCCUGCUGCAGAGGCUCAAGUCGCUCUCCACCCUCAAGCCCCUGUUGCAGGCGGGUCGCAUCCUGGGAGCCCAGCUGCCCCAGUAUUACCAGGUCCUCACAGCUCCAGCUCUCAAGGUGCUGGAUCAGUGGUUUGAGUCUGAGCCUCUAAAGGCUACUCUAGCAACGGAUUCUGUGAUUGGAGCCAUGACAAGUCCCUACAUUCCGGGGAGUGGGUAUGUGUUACUCCAUCACAUGAUGGGGGGUCUGGAGGGGAUGCGGGGGGCCUGGGGCUACGUCCAGGGUGGCAUGGGUGCCCUCUCCGACGCCAUCGCAAGCUCAGCCACCGCACACGGAGCAAGUAUCUUCACUGAAAAGACAGUGGCUAAGGUGCAGGUGAGCAGUGGAGGGCGCGUUCAAGGAGUCGUUCUGCAAGACGGCUCGGAGGUAAGGAGCAAAGUGGUGCUGUCCAGCGCGUCACCGCAGAUCACCUUCCUGAAGCUGACGCCACAGGAGUGGCUUCCUGAGGAGUUCGUGGAGAGAAUCUCCCAGCUGGACACCCAGUCGCCUGUUACCAAGAUCAAUGUGGCUGUCGACAGGCUGCCUGACUUCCUGGCGGCCCCCAAUGCUCCCAGGGGCCAGCCGCUGCCCCAUCACCAAUGCUCAAUCCACCUGAACUGUGAGGACACCCUCCUUCUCCAUCAGGCUUUUGAAGACGCCAUGGAUGGCCUGCCUUCCCACAGACCUAUGAUUGAGCUCUGCAUCCCUUCCUCGCUGGACCCCACGUUGGCUCCCCCUGGCUGCCAUGUCAUCUCCCUCUUCACUCAGUACACGCCCUACACACUGGCUGCAGGCAAGGCCUGGGACGAGCAGGAGAGAAACGCUCACGCAGACAGAGUGUGUGAUUGCAUUGAGGCCUACGCCCCCGGCUUCAAGGGCUCCGUGGUGGGCAGAGACAUCCUCACACCCCCUGACUUGGAGAGAGUCUUCGGGCUUCCUGGGGGGAAUAUAUUCCACUGCGCCAUGGCCCUGGACCAGCUGUACUUUGCCCGCCCUGUGCCCCUGCACUCCAGCUACCGCUGCCCUCUCCGGGGCCUGUAUCUCUGCGGAAGUGGGGCCCAUCCUGGAGGAGGUGUCAUGGGAGCCGCUGGACGCAAUGCAGCUCACGUGGUCUUUAGGGACCUCAGGAGCAUGUGACCCCCAAACCAACUCUGACCCAGGAAGAUGAAUUCACCCUUGAG